AUGUUGGGUCAGCUACCUAACUCGCAGGCUCCUACCAUAGUCCCCGAGAAUGACCCAGGCAGCCCUUUGGACUCAUCCUUCUUCCCCGGCGAGAAGAAGGAGGCGGAGGAAAGUGGUAAUAAGAACAGGAAUGGAGCCAAGCAGGAUGGCGCAGCAUCAUUCUUUCAGGAGGAAUAUCCGACCGGGCCUCGUCUGGCCUUCGUUGUCCUUGCUUUGGUCCUCAGUAUCUUCCUCGUUUCUCUGGAUAUGACCAUCAUAGCCACAGCUAUCCCCAAAAUUACGGAUGAGUUCCACAGCCUGGACGACGUGUCGUGGUACGGUUCUGCAUUCUUCAUGUGUGUUGGCGGCUUCCAAUCAGCAUGGGGGAAAGCCUACAAGUUCUUCCCACUGAAGCCUUCCUAUCUGUUGUCCAUAGUUAUCUUCGAAGUCGGGUCCUUGAUCUGCGGCGUGGCGCCAAGUUCAACAGCCUUAAUCGUGGGCCGUGCUAUCGCUGGUGUUGGCGCAGCAGGGAUCGGUUCUGGUUCAUACACACUGAUUGCCUUCUCCGUACCGCAGUCCCGCCGACCUAUAUUCACAGGAAUAAUAGGCGCAUCGUACGGCAUUGCCUCGGUAGUGGGGCCCUUGGUCGGCGGUGCCUUUGCAGACAAGGUCAGCUGGCGAUGGUGCUUCUACAUUAACCUCCCGAUCGGCGGCCUCUCUGCGCUUAUUAUCAUGUUCUUCUUCCGAACCCCUCCGCAGGGGAAGCCCGCUGUCGCCUCCUGGACCGAAAAGCUACUACAGAUGGACUUUGUCGGCGUGGCCCUGGUCAUGGGCGCCAUCAUUGCCUAUAUUCUGGCGCUACAAUAUGGCGGCCAGACUCACCCCUGGAAGUCUGGCGUCGUGGUCGGUCUGCUUGUUGGCUUUGUACUCAUCACCAUUGCCUUUGCCGUGUGGGAGUAUACUCAGGGCGAUCGGGCCAUGCUCGCCCCUGCUUUGAUACGGGACCGUCAUAUCUGGACCAGCUCAGCCUUGUCCCUCCUUUUGGCCGGCCCCUAUUUUCUGGCCAUCUAUUAUCUGCCCAUCUACUUCCAGAGCAUCGACGGCACCAGUCCUACCACCUCAGGAAUCCGCAACCUGCCACUGAUUCUCACCAUUACAAUCGCCACGAUUUCUUCCGGCGCCUUCAUUUCCAUGACGGGUAUUGCGGCGCCGAUAAUCCCAGUUGGAGCAGCCAUCGCAACAGUUGCUGCAGGCUUGCUUUACACCUUGGACAUCGGGUCAAGCUCAAGCAAAUGGAUCGGCUAUCAGGUGCUCGGCGGGGUCGGCUGGGGCCUCUCGCUGCAAAUUCCCAUUAUCAUCGGACAGGCAACGUCUUCGCCAGAAACAUUGUCUUCAGUCACGGCCAUCAUUCUAUUCUUCCAGACCAUUGGGGGGGCCUUCUUUGUUUCGGCCGGCCAGUCAGCAUUCGUCAAUAUCAUGCUCAACGUGCUGCCCACCGACGCCCCCGGUGUGAACCCACUCCAACUUCUCGCCACUGGUGCCACGGAGGUCCGCGCAACCUUCCCGACCGAUCAGCUUAAUGGAAUCCUCAGCGCUUAUAUGUCGGGCAUUAAGGGGGCCUUCGCAGUCGGUAUCGGAGGCGUUGGGCUUGCUUUCGUGGUAAGCCUCUUGCAAAGGUGGGACAGGCUUAAUCGCGAAGCACUGAAGGAGAGUGGCGGUGCAGCCUAG